CCAUUAUUGACAUUUUACCAAUUUGGAAGACUGCAUUGGCUGAUUUGUGCCGUUUUACCUUUAAAUAAUCUCUGCAAGUACCUGUUUUGAUUUUACUAUCAUUCAGUCAUGAAGUGGGAAUACAAAGAAGAACAUCCAUUCGAGAAAAGGAGACAGGAGGGCGAGAAAAUUAGGAAGAAGUACCCCGACAGAGUGCCUGUAAUUGUUGAGAAAGCAGCAAAAGCUCGUAUUGGAGAUCUUGACAAAAAAAAGUACUUGGUGCCAUCAGACCUUACAGUUGGACAGUUCUAUUUCUUGAUUAGAAAACGAAUUCAACUGCGACCAGAAGAUGCGUUGUUUUUCUUUGUAAACAAUGUUAUUCCUCCAACUAGUGCAACGAUGGGACAGCUUUAUCAGGAACACCACGAGGAAGACUUUUUCCUUUACAUUGCUUACAGCGAUGAAAGUGUGUAUGGUGCAUAAACGUCAUCCCGGAAUUACUAUUUACAACAGAUAAUCUGCCACUCAACUCGAUCUAUGUAACGUCAUAAUAUUAUGUUGCUGUAUAUAAGAUACAAUUUUAUAUGGGCAAGAAUAAAAUAACAUAUUAAGUGGGAAUUUCUAUACUUUUGCUUGAACUGUGUUCUCUUGUGAACAAGAGAUGGUGACACUGUUUUAAAUUAUAAUGUCCAAGUUUUUUUUCCUCGUUAUCGUAUCUUUAAAAGCCAUAUGCUUAUUUUACUAAAAAACAAAAUUUGGAAUUAGCUACACAGUAUAUUGGUUGAUACGGCCCUAUAUGAUAUAUGUAACAGUAAAUUUGAUGCAUGUGAUGAGUGAUAACUGAUAUUUUAAAGUUCUGAGUGCGUUUAUAAAGGUUUAUUCAGGGUCUUGGGGUUAUUAUGUGACACUCUAAAUAAUCUUAAUUUGUAUGCAUUGCUGGGGAAUAAAUGAGAUUCAGGAGGAUUUUCAUUAUUGUAGUAAUUUGUAACAGAAUCGUAUCUCUCUGAAUUUGCGUGGGUUACUAUUCAAAAAUGUUAGCAAAGAAAGUUAGAACGUAACAAUGAAAUGAGAUGGCAAAUUGUUCACUAGUUGAAAAAUAUUGUAAUUCAAACAGUUGUUGUAUAUUUUCCAAUUCAUGCAAAUUCAGACUAUUAAAUAUGUCGCAUAAUAAUCCCAAGACCCUGAUAAAGCUCAAUGAAUGCUUUCAAACUAACUUUAAGAAGCUUAAAAUAAUUAAUCUUUAAAUUAUUUUGUAGAAAUGAUUCACUUUGAAGCAAAAUUGUCUUAUAUUAAUUUUAUAACCCUUUUCUUUUGAAUGAUUGCUUUUAGUUGCGAAUUUUUUGGUAAUCUACAAUCAAGCACUGCUUGUAAGAUGCCUUGUAUUUUGGUAAACAUGUUUUUGUAGGUAUUGCUGUGUUAGUGAAUUAAAUUUUUCUUUUCAUCAGUAAAUCUGCCUUGAUAAAAUAAUUUAUUGUAAUCAAA